GCUAACUAUAUAACUGUGCAUGCGUUUGGAAACUGUACUGCAUGUAUACGCAGGAAUAGCCUACGUGUGUUACAUAUGCGGAAGAACAGGGUUUGUUGUUGUUCAGGAUUUGGUGCCAACGCAGGACUGAAAAUUUGGGGUGGAAUUGCCGAACGGAAUCUAUCCAAAAUGGAAGCUAUUUUGAAGGAACAAAUUAUGAUUAAUCAGUUUGUGUCAGCAGCUGGAUGUAACGCUGAUCAAGCCAGGCAAAUUUUGCAGAAAACACAUUGGCAAUUUGAGACGGCGCUAAGUGUGUUCUUCCAAGAAGCAGCUAUUCCUGCUAAUAACCAUCAGUACUACAGACAAGGGGGACAUUCGAUACAUGCUCCUGCGAACACACCUGCAACACCGCCAAACUUUCCAGACAUUCUCACCAGCUUUUCAAAAUUGGGGGCGACCCCUACGGACAAAUGCCUUGGUGCCUCGCCCAUGGCAAUGGCCACAUCUCCCAUACAAACUGUCCAGCUUCAGCCCAGCUGCUUUGCCCGGCCCAACAGCAAGCAGUCGAUGGAAGUCGAGCCACAGAGGUGAAUCGGCACACGUCCAUUCCCUGUGGCAUUUGUGAUGCGGGCCACACUCGUAAGACUGCUCUUGAAGCUUUGACAAUACUAGGAAAACUCUAUUGAGAAGAUCGAUUAUGUAACGGAAGGCAGCAGAAUAUUGGGUUGUUGUCGGCGCACUGACAGACAUGUAAGGGAGGUCCAAUACGGAAUAGCCAUCACCAUGGAAACAGCAGGGAUUCAUGUGUCUUGCAUGGAACAUAUAUUUUGCAGCUGAUAUUUAGCGUAGCAACUGUCAACAACUUCAUGAAGAUGCGUCAAUCCAUUGAUCAUUCUGCAGGAGCUCCAGCCUUCUCAUGUUGACAUCAAAUGGGAGAUAAUGUACCUGCAAGGUAACAUGUGUGAGAGAAAUAGAAAGUGUAGAGGUCACGUGAGCGUGAAUGUAUAAAUUUGUACCAGGAAUCCACUUCCUCUAUGACUAAGACCAAGAUAGAUUUCAGGAAAUAUUUGGAAGGAGUUACAAGUAAGUUUAAUUCACAUGUAGAAAAGGUGCAUGUGCCAUAUACAUGUGUACUGUAUAUCGAGAUGCAUUUAUGCUUGAAAAUGACCAAGGUUAUGACAAAAGUUGAUGAGGAUAGUGUGUGUGUGUUCAUCAUUGCAUAUUUUACAUAUACAUUUUUGUGUAAGUAUGUACGUUGUAGAUUCUGUGACUACUCAGGAAGACCAUUUCAUUGACCUAUUGUCAUACACACAUACAUGUAAAGCAGCAGUGCAGUACAGUAUGUGAUGUACAGUAAUUUGAUGUUCAUAAAAAAUAUUCCUCGUCAUACAUGACGACGAUAAUGAUGACCUGUUACCUUCAAAAUCAGCUGAGCUAUAAUGGCACAUACAGAAAUGGCAUUGUAAGAGGACGUCUUUUCAAUUAACUCAAGUUUUAACAUACUAUGUACCAUUAUUUAUGCAAAUUUUGUGUUUUUAGUUUAGUGUACAUUGUAGCGAAAUUUAAGUAUUAAUUUGAUACACAUUUUACACUUUUUGUUACCGUACUUCAAACUACAUCUUUACACCCUUAAACAAUUUUGAAGAGGUCUCUACCAAGAAACUUGAGAUUAUUGAAUGGUAAACAAUGGUCUGGUAUUCUUGUCCUGUGCAUGUGAAGGUCAUACAUGGACAUGUGAUCUAUGAGUUUUGUUCUUCAAAAAGAAAUGCAUGUACAUGUACGUACAAGGUACAGCAGGAGUAAACAUUGUGAGUUUGCAAAGUUAUGUAAUGGACAUCAAUGAAAAGAUAGAAAAUAGAAGAUUACAGGUGCAUUCAUUUUAAUUUCCUUAUCAUAGACAUGUACAUGUACAUCUAUCUCAUUUGCACUUGUACAUGUUUUCAGAGUAUUUGGAAUUACAUGGGCAUUGCUCCUUUUUUUUAAAAUUGAUUUUAUGAUCAACAUUUAGUUGUGAUAUCAUAUUUUUAUUUUCCCCUUGCAUCAUUGUCUGUAAAAGGUAGUUUAUUAUUGAAUUUAGUUGUUGGUACAAAUAUUUUUACAAGUCUGCUAAUUUGAACUUGAAGGGGUACUACAUACAUGUAUAACUGUAUGUGUAGGGUUUGAUUUAUUGUUGACAAGUAUUUUUUUAUGAUUCUACAAUCUACAUGUAGCACACGUACAUUGUAUGCACUUUUGGACACAGUACAUGUACCUGUAUAUUGUGUAACUGUACAUGUAAGUGUUACUAGUAAAUGUACAUCAAUCUAGUAAACAGCUCGGUGAUAUACAGUUUGUACUGUCUACUUUACAUGCGUCUACAUGUAGGUUUUUUUUAUGUUAUGUUGAGUCUUUGUGAUAUGCAAAUGGUUGUUUGUGUGUGCUGUAUUCUGAAUAUCAUACAUUUAUCCUCAAUCAGCCAUUUAAUAUUGUGAUCAAUAUACAUGUGACAUCAGCAUCUUAUUGAAGGGAAAUUAUAAUGUGUAAAUACUGGUAUGUACAGACAGAAUGUACAGUACAUACAUGUACAGUGUACAGUACAUGUACAUUGAAGUGCCAGUACUUCCAGGAAUUUCCCAGAAAGAUGAUAUUCAUGAUGAUUUGUAUUUUUUAUUUCUACAUGGCAGUUUAUAUGAGACCUGCAUGUAUUACUGUUGAAGAUGUACACAUGUAACCUUUAUGACAAGGUUGUCCGUAAUUGGGAUUUAAAAGUCUAAUGAUUACAUGUAGGUACAAUAUAUUAGUUUACAGAAUGCCCAUUCUAAUUGUGAUUUUGAAACUAAUUCAACCGAGAAAAAAAAUGUGUUUAAGACAACUAUUAUUCAUUUUUUGGUUUCUCUUUUAAUAAGAUAAUUAAUAUGUAGGCAGACAUAUUGGCAUUGAAUGCAAAUUCGCAUUGAAAAAAAAUCAGAUUAUGUUUUGUGACCAAAUUCUACCAAAGUAAUUUUUGUUGUAAAAUUAUGCAGAAGCAUGUACAAUUUUAAGUUUGAUAGUAAUUUCUUUAUGUUAAUGGAUAAUGUCACAAGGUGACAUGACAUGCAUCAUCAUAGACUUUUCUUUGAGACAUUUUUUUCAUGAAACUGCAUAAAAGUACAACAAAGUUUGUAAAAAUAAAAAUCUUUGGCCAUUAUUCAUAAAUAUUUUAGUGGUUUUAGUAUCAAGAAAUUGUAUAAAAAAAAAGAAUAAGAGUCUAUUGAUGUUUUGGAAUCUGAACUUUCUGUAUUUUUUCUUUUCAUUUUUCGCCAUGUGCCAUAUUUAUUCAUGAAGUUAGGAUGUGGGCUUGUUUCAAAAAGAUUUAAAAUGUAUUGCAGAAUUUAAAAUUAAAGCCAAACAUAAAACCUACAUGUUUUAGUUUGAAUUUGGCAUGUAAUAAUUUUGUACAUGUUGAAGUUUAAUACAUGUAGCCUUAAUUCUUUUGUUGAAUUAACAAAAGAGCAUUGUUAUGAAGUGUUUAAUUUCUACUUUUUCUAUACCAAAUAAAACCUACAUGUUGUAGUUGUAAUAUGACAUGUAUUGAUAAAAAAGUGUUAUCUAUAUUAAAGUCAAGAUAAAUAUGACAGGUUUUGUUUCAUUGAUAAUGAAUGUCAAAUAUUACGAACAGGUGUAUAUGCUAUGCCAUGUGUAUCUCAUUCAAAUUCAUAUGAACUUACAUGUAUAUGCAAGUAACAAGGUACCAUUGUUUACCAGUUGAAGAUGUACAUUACACACAUGCAUCUUCUGUCUGAUUUUUUUUAAAGGAAAGGUACAGUAUUCUUUAUUUACAAUAUUAGUAAGUAGUGCAAUUUUGUAGCUGUAGUUUGGAUUCUUGGAUGGGAAGGUAUCUAUAAUAUGUUAAUCGCAUUUAAUAACUAAAACUAACCAUACUGAAGUUAUGUUGACUCCUAUAAAUGCAUCUAUAUGUUGACUCCCGAGAACCUACAUGUACAUGUAUUGAUUAUCGAUCAGGAACAUACAUGUAGCAACACACAUACAUGUAUAUUUGCAAACUAUACAUGUAGGUGUGCUGUUGGAAGUCUUUAAAAACAUGGUUUUACAUGUUCUGGUGUGUAGCCUUUGUAGUACAUGUACAUGUAUCUCUGUGACAGCCCUCAUCGCUUUAGAAAGAUGAAACAUAUGUCUGUAAAACUCUGCAUUGAAACAAUAUAGUAUUUAUGUUUUUAACCUUUGUACAUUUAGUAGGCCUACGCAUGAAGUUAAUUCUCGGUCUUAUCAUGGAGGUAGAUGGUCUUACAAUGGACCUUCUCGUCGAUGAUUGCAUUUUUUUGCUCAGUGAGCUGUGAGGAUUGACCAUAUGCCAGUGUCCACUUCUACAUUAAUGCCUUUGUCGUUGCUCCAAAUUUAGGUUAAUAUUUCAUCUAUAAUUUAGAUAUUACUUAGUUCUCAUAAGUGAGAAAGAUUUCUUUUUGUACUAUAGGAGUUUAUUUCCUUUGCCUUGAACCUUGAUUUCGUUUCAAGAAACAAGACGGUCAUGUGAUUAUAUGACAUAUGUAAAAUAAUGUUAAACUGUAAUUGUAAAAAGACAGAGAAAAAUAUUAUUGAUAACUGGUGUUUGUACUACUUUGUUCCCAUAUAAAGAUGUUUCAAUAUGUUUUUAUCACAUCAAAAUAUGUUAAUAAAGUGUUGAAAUGACACAUGAAAACAU